CCCCCCCCAGCAGACCCGAGGGCUGGCUGGCGUCCUGCGCACCUUGGGGAGGGGUGGGGGAAGAGAGCGAGCGAGAGGACCCGCGUUAUUUGCUGCAGCAGCAGCAGCGGCAAGAGGAGGCAGGACUCUUCAGCUCCAUUCCUCCGGAGCAGCGCGUGGUGAAGACAGCGACUGCGCCGCCAGCUCGCCCCAGAGUCCUCCCGAUCCGGGAUCGGGCACGCUUGCCUGAAGCCGCCAGAGUAGCCGAUCCGGACAGCCCUCGUCCUGCAACGCCUCUGUCGACUGCAGCCUCGCCGCUUGCAGGUAGUCAUGAUGAGCAGCGGUGGUGGCACUUUCUGGAUAAUGGGUAUAGCUUGGGCACUGGUCGUGUCAUGGACCAGUGCUACAGGCAUGGAGGAUCGCUGCUUGCCUGGAGGGAAACACAAAGCCAGCCCAAGCCCAGAAGGACAGCUUGGCAUUUGCCAGAUCUAUGCAGAAAAUGCCUGUUGCUCACCGGAGGUCACCCAGGACCUUUCCAAAGCCAAUGACAUCUACUGGAACCGCUGUGGGAGCCUUAGCAGCAGAUGUGAGGGCUAUCUACAGCAGCUGGAAUGUUUUUACCGUUGCUCCCCCAUCGCUGCCCAGUGGCCUCAUCCUCAGCGCCCCACAGCUGUGCUGGCUGUGCCCCUCUGCCAGAGUUUCUGUGACCAAUGGUAUGACGCUUGCAAGGAAGACCUGACGUGUGCUCGCAACUGGCUUACUGACUGGCAUUGGGGCCCUGAGGGAAACAACUGCAGCCAGGACUGCCUGUCGUAUGGCCAGAUGUACAAGGAUGGCAAAGAGCUCUGCGAAACCAUCUGGGAUGAUUCCUUCGUAGCCAGCACUGAUCCUUGCAAGUGCCUGACGCUGACGGCCUCCGACUCAGCCCUCUCUGCCUCUUAUUUGCGUCUUGAAGACAGCGACAGCAUCGAGGAGCCAGACACCACCAAGGAAGGCAUUGAAAGAGGCCGCGCCAGCCCUGGAGGGCCCUGCCCAGGCAACCCCCUGCUCCGUCGCCUGCGGAGAAACAUGCAGAAGCGCUCGGUCUUCAUGGAAGACGUGGAGGGUAGUGGGAGCGGGUUCUGAUUGGAGACAGACAGCCUCCCAGGGGAAAAUAACCCCCUCCCCUGUGAUUUUCUGAGGCUUGGGGGGAUCGCUUGUGAUCUAUGCAAAUCCUUCAUGUCCCAUGUCACCAGCUUCUUGCCAUCUUGUAUAGCUCUGUGCAACCUGGGUGUGGCCGUGGCAGAGGAAGCAGGUGUGGCUAUUUAGCCGAGCACUCUGAUUCCCCAUGCUCUAGAAGCAGAGUUUACCCCACCAGAGCACCACCUUCUACCCCCGGUAUGCCUGCUUAUGGCCGCUGUUUCGCCUACACACAUCUUGUACAUAAAAUAAUAAAAUUGUAGUUUUGGAAGGGACCACGAGGGUCAUCUAGUCCAACCCCCUGCGAUGCAGGAAUCAUUUGCCCAAUGUGGGGCUUGAACCCACAACCAUCUAGAACAGCAGGGUUGGAGAGCAGUCAAUGGUUUCUUCACUCUCAACACCCUGCCUUCCCUUCCAAUGACUGAAACACCCAUUCCCACCCCACCCCCAGUGGUCCUCAACCAGAGUCUCCUCUAGCACUAUGGGGGAGUGAGCGAUGUCUGUCUUUCAAAGGCUCUGGCCUGAGAGAGAGGUUGCAUAGACUAAGAAUAAAUAAAGUUAAUGAGAUCAUUCUGCACUGACUUAUAAGCCCAGCUACUAAUAAUAAGGCUUUAGGUAUGUUUGCCUGUAGAACUGAGCCAAAAUGAAAUAGCCUUCGCUGUUUGCGCUUGACACAGGCAGUAGAAAAAAUCACUACCUAGGAAGUAGGAUCUGAGAGUUAAAAGGCUGGUCACAGUUCUGUAGCAAGGAAACUGAAGAUCUUUGUAAACCAGUAGCUGCUGCUGCAGUAUUAAAAUGGCCAGUGCUCCAUAGUUAGCUUAAAUUUGUAUACAACCAAACACAGAAGGGGGAGGAGAAAGAGAUUGUGCCACUGAUGUGGCUAGAUUUAGAUUGGUUAUUUUAAUAAUUCAAUGUGUGUAUCAUGGAAAAGUUUAAAACAUCCAUUUUAAAAAUAUACAGAGCCUCCAGUCUGAACUGGUCUGUGCCAUGUACUAGUUUGUCCUAGGCAGAAAAGUAGUUUUUGAAGCAAAAAAAGAAAAUGGCAUCUCAUCUUGAGUGGGUGAGUGGACAGAAUAGUAAAAUCCCUGGAGUUAAAAUCUUAGAAUUCAGUGCAGGAAUCCAACCCUCAGCCGUCCCUGGGGGGGCUCAAACCACCAACCUUCUGGUUAACAGCCGGUUCUUACUCGUCUCCUCCGUAUCUUAUGCAGCACUCCUUGAAUUUCACCACAUCAAGCCCUGUAUUACCAUGUGCAAACUUCCUUUAUAAUAUUGUCCACCUUCUGUCCAAAACAGAUCUCGUGUCACAAACAUGCACUGCUUUAUCAGCUGCCUUUUCAUGCUCUUGCUUGUUCACCCUUGUCCAUCUUUGUUGCAAAUUGCACACUAUGUAUUGCUUCAAACCUAUUACUUGUGGAGAAAUUAAACAACAAAAACGA